UCUGCAGUUGUCUUCUUGAAACUUCAUGCCACAGGUCCUUUCCCAGUCCGUCUAUCUGCAGGCCCAAACCUUUGUGCAGGACGGGUGGAAGUCUUCCACCAGGAUGAAUGGGGGACAGUGUGUGACGACGACUGGGACAUGCGGGAUGUGGCGGUGGUGUGCCGAGAGUUAAACUGCGGGGAGGCCCUCUCAGCACCCCACGGGGCCUGGUUUGGUGAAGGAGCUGGCCCCAUCUGGCUGAACGAGGUGCGCUGCGCAGGAACUGAAUGGCAGCUGCACUCCUGCCGCCACCUGGGCUUUCGCAAGCAUGUCUGUACCCACGAGGAGGAUGCCAGCGCCAUCUGCUCAGAACAGCGUUUCCCUCCUUUCACAGCCUUCCCCCCUCACACAACUUUCAGGAGGGGCAAAAUAGAGGCAACACUGACAACAAAGCCGCUGGUGUCUCCUACACCGGCUGAGGGAACCCCUGCUGUGCGUCUCAUGGGUGGCCGAAGCCACUGCUCCGGGCGGCUGGAGGUGUACCAUGAGGGGCAGUGGGGGACGGUCUGUGAUGACAUGUGGGACCUGCUGGAUGUUGCCGUGGUCUGCCGGGAGCUGGACUGUGGAGAGGCUUUGGCAGCACCAGGCGGGUCUUUCUUUGGUGAGGGGACCAGCGUCAUCUGGUUAGAUGACGUGCAGUGCCAAGGAGAGGAGGCCACACUGGCAGAGUGCCAUACCAGCCCCUGGGGGACCAACAACUGCCGGCACACCGAGGAUGCUGGGGCUGUGUGCUCAGGUGAGAUGCCCCUUGCCAUGGUGGAAGAGCAUGUGGCCAUGCUCACAAGGACCCUACCACCCCAGAGACCCCGAUCUGCAGCCCCUCAAAGAAUUCCCCAUCCCACUCAGCCUACAAGAGACCACAGAGGACCUGUGGCUCAUGAAGCAUCUUCAACAAAUAAGAGUUCAAAUGAAGGUCUUUCAGAACAGGAACAAAAUGGUCAGUGGCAGGUGCGGCUGACAGGUGGGCCAGGAUCCUGUGCCGGACGGGUGGAGGUUCUCUAUAAAGGCCACUGGGGCACAAUCUGUGAUGACGGCUGGGACCUGGUAGAUGCGGCUGUGGUAUGCCGGGAACUGGGCUGUGGGGCUCCUCUUCUCAGCCCUGGCAAUGCACGGUAUGGGCCUGGAUCUGGACCUAUCUGGCUGGACGAUGUCAACUGCACGGGCGCUGAGUUCACCCUGCGACGCUGCCGCUCCCAGCCCUGGGGGAAGCAUAACUGUAAUCACCACGAGGAUGCAUCCGUCAUCUGCACAGGCAAAUGGAAGCGUCUGUCAUUGUCAAAGCCAUCCAAAGGUCCAAAGAUUGUAAAAGCUGUCACCACCACACAUGAUCCAAGGCCUGCAGAAAAACCAGGGCUCCAAAACAAUCUGGAUGUGUUUGAAACUACCACAACCACUCAAGGUUUUACAGAUGAAUGGGCAACAGAGUCACUCAGUCCAUGGCAUCUUGGAGCACCAGUACAACCCACACAAAAAGUGGACCUUGAACCAGAAAACAAGACAAGGCCAGUAAGCCAUUUGGACAGAGCUGAAACAACCCCUAAUCCAGAAAUCUUGCAGCAUGUCCAGGAACCAUUAUCCACGGAAUCCUCAAAAACAAGGUCAACCACACAUGCAUGGGAACAUGACUCCUACUCCCCCUCAGCCAAGUCUCAGCCAUCCUCAGAGAUGUGGAGUCUGGAAUCUGAAAGAGAAACUGAACUAACAACCUCUGGGGAAGUGGAUAAACCAAUGUCUAAUUCAGAGAACCUGCUGCAUGUUCAAGAAAUAGUGUCAACCCCAAAGACAAGAUCUACCAUGCACACAUGGGAACAAGAGUCCACCUACCCCCCAGCUGAGUCUCAUCCAACCUUAGCCAUGUGGGAUCUAGAAUCUGAAAGAGAAACAGAGCCAAUAACUGCUGGGGACAUGAAUAAACCAACGCCUAAUCUAGAGAUCCUGCAGCAUGUUCAGGAUAUGGUAUCAACCCAAAAGUCAAGGUUAACCAUGCACAAAUGGGAACAAGAGCCCACCUCCCCCUCAGCUGAGUCUCAGCCAUUCUCAUCCUUGGGGGAUCUGGAAUAUGAAAGUGAAACAGAACCAAGCAUUGCUGGGGACAUGGAUAAACCAACGCCUAAUCUAGAAAUCAUGCAGCAUGUUCAAGGGAUGAAAUCAACAACACCAGAGACCAGGUCAAUCAUACAAAUAUGGGGACAAGAGCCCAACUAUCCCUCAACUGAAUCUCAGCCAUCCUCAGCUAUGUGGAAUUUGGACUCUGAAAAAGAAAGAGAGCUAACGACCACCAAAGACUUGGAUAAAUCAGUGCCUAAUCUAGGGAUCCUGCAACAUGUUCAGGAGAUUGCAUCAACACAUCCGUCAAAGACAAGCCCAUCCACACAUGAGCAGGUACAAGCUGUGCAGGAUUUGAAGUCUGAGGGAGAACAUAAGCCAACAAGCUCAUCAGUAACAGUCCUGCCAAUAGUUACACAAGACCUAAAGCCUACAGCAGAAAUGCCACCAACUAUCUCUUGGGACCGUAUAUCUGAAGUGCCCCCAGUUAUCCAGGACACAAAACCCACCAGGUCCUUAGCUGAAGUUCAGCCUACAGCUGCCACAUGGGACCCAGAACCUGGGAAAGAGAGGGAAGCAACCAGCCAUGUAAUAAAGGAACUAUUCCUGUUCUCAAAGAGCCUGGAGACUACAAAGGAGAAGGAAUUGCCAACAGUUGCACAGAAUGUAUUAUCUAUAACACAGAUGGGAACAAUUGAUCCCAACAUUCUAGACUCUGAGAAGAACAUAGAUAAGAAGCAUCAAGAGGAAUCAAAUGUGGAUGCCUUCUCCGUGGGGCCCAUAGGUUCCACCUCUGCUUUCAAGGACUUGAGCUCUUUGAAAGGAACAGAUGUUUACACUACGACCAAAUUGCCCCGAGGUGAAGUUUCAAUGGAGGAGCAAUUUGAGGAUGGUUUAGUGAGCUCAGGAGACACGGAAACCAGAAUAAAUGAUGUGGAUUCUACCUCCAUACCAGGCCUGUCUGCAGUACCAGGUCCAAACGUACCGACUGCCAAACCUGUCACCCAUGCCACUAUGUUCAGUGAAUCAUCUUCAGGCUGCCCUAUUAAGCAGGAGUCAAAGAAAGAAGAUCAGGGCUGCUGCUGCUGCUCGCCACCUGCCCUGGGAAGCCUGGCCCAAGCAAUGGAAGGUCUCCGUGGAGAACUGGGCUCUCUCUCCAUGGCUGUUCAGCAUCAGGGCUCCCAACUGGGGGCUGUUGCCCACAGUCUGGCUGAACUGGCAGCUUCUGUGCACCAUCUGGUGGAGGCGCUGCCUACCCUAUUGCAGCCAGUCUCAACCCAGGCCUCAGCUUCUUGUAAGCAGGAUGAGGGUCAGCUGCAAAACCAGCUGCCCUUGAAAUGAAAAGGGAAUUUCCCAUAAGAAAAGGAAAUUGGCGCUCAGGCCAGACAGGGCUAGAAGGGACCGAAAGGCUUAUUCUGCCAUGAGAAGGGUUCAUCCCCAAGAGCAGCCUGUGUGAUCCUAUUCGGUAUGUCACAAGCAGAGAUCACCUGCAUCGCAGAAAGAGACUGUAGGAGAACCACAGCUCAGUGGUGAUGGGUCUUUGGUUAAGGACAAUCUAUUUUUAAGCUAAAGAAGUUAAUUAGCAGUAGAAGGUGAGAAUGGUAAAAUAGGAAAAUCCUGCAAGUUCCCCAGGAGAAUGCAUGAGGGUGACUUACCUGGUAUUGUUAAGACAAUAGGGGUGGGAGAGGUUAGGUUAUUCUUGUAAAUUCUUAUCAAACAUAACCCCUUGUUUGUAGUGUUCAAAGGUGCAUUAGCUUUCAGUAGUACCAGAACAUCUGCUAGAAUGUUGCCACAUUCUGUUUUUCUUAAGAAGACCAGAAACCAAAGGGAUUGGUGAAAUAAAAGUAAACAUGACAUGGUCAUUCCCAUUAUAAAAAUGCAGAAUCAAUAUUCACAUCAGUGCUUGGAAAAUGACUUGACCAUGUUACUGAUUGUACAAUUUUCUGAUCAGGGUUAUCUAUUAAAAUAUAUGGAAUGUUAACAGGAUUCAUGGAUCCUUCAAAGCUCAUUUCCUGUAAUACGGCCACUGAAUCUAUGCAAUAAAAUGGCUUUCCUUUG